CGAUCGCUGUCAUUUCCUCGGACUGGACUAUUAGGAUGAGACGGAACAUGUUCUCGCUGCUGUGGUUUCUGGGCGCUGCCUCCGCGUACGACCUUGUCCAUGACUAUUCGGGCGAAAGCUUCUUCGACGGCUGGGAUUUCUACGGGAGCUGGGAUAACCUCACUCUCGGCGACGUAUGGUGGCUGGACCGACAGGACGCGAUGCAGCAGGGACUCGCGCAGGUGAAUAGCGCAGGGCGGGCGGUGUUGAAGGUGGACAAUAGCUCGAAUGUGGCGUACAACCAAAAACGCAACUCUGUGCGCAUCACCACGCAGGCGUCUUACGGCGUGGGGAGUCUCUGGAUCAUCGACCUCGUGCACAUCCCGUAUGGAUGCUCCGUCUGGCCGGCGUUCUGGACUAAAGGCCCCCUCUGGCCAAACGACGGGGAGAUCGAUAUCAUCGAGGCCGUGAACGUGAUGCCGAACAACCAGAUGGCGCUGCACACGCUGCCGGGGUGCUUCCACCCGGGCCCGGGGCAGCCGAACGUCGAAUCGGGCGCGCCGAACGAGGCGGACUUGGAUUGUAGUAUCGCGGCGGGUUGCGUGGUUGCGGAGACGAAGCCGAAUAGCUUCCUCACCGGGUUUGCCGAGGCGGGUGGGGGCGUGUGGGCGACGCAGUUUGAUGUUUCGGGGGUGUAUAUAUGGUUUUGGAGUAGACCGGACGUGCCCGCGAGCAUCACGCACGCCACCGCAAACUCGUCCAUCACGGACCUCUCGCAGUGGGGCGCGCCGAGCGCGAGCUACCCCGCCUCGAGCUGCAACAUCACCGAGUUCUUCACCGCGCAGCAGUUAGUGCUGGAUAUCACGCUUUGCGGGAACUGGGCGGGGAUACCACCCGUGUACGACCCAACGUGCGCCAGCCAGGGACCGACGGGCCUCUGCUACAACGACAACGUCGUCGGGCCCGGCAGCCCCAAGUACGACAACGCGUACUUCGAGAUCAACUACGUGCGCGCGUACACCACCGGUGGGGCCGUGCCCACCCCCACUCCCACUCCCACCACGCAGACGGGGGACGGGUACGCGGUGCCGGGGGCGUCGUCGAGUACGACUAGCUCGCCGAGUGCGAAUUAUGCUGGUGCGGGGGCGGGCAUUGGGUGUGGUGUGGUGGGUGUUGCGGUGGCGCUUGGGUUGGGUGUGAUGUUGGUUUUGUGA